AUGAAAAUGUGGGUCCAUAAUCAUCUACUAGUCUCGGAUCCUUCUCAGUCAAGGACGAUGAGAAACCAGACACUGGUAACAGAGUUCAUCCUUCAGGGCUUCUCUGAGCACCUGCAGUACCAGCUCCUUUUAUUUAUCUGCUUUCUCUCUCUCUACUGUGUGGCCCUCACAGGUAAUGUCCUUAUCAUCUUGGCCAUCACCUGCAACCCUGGGCUCCACACCCCCAUGUAUUUUUUCUUGUUUAAUUUGGCUACUAUGGACAUUAUCUGUACCUCCUCCAUUAUGCCCAAGGCCCUGAAGGGUCUGGUGUCAAAGAGGAACCCCAUCUCCUAUGGUGGCUGCAUGGCCCAGCUCUAUUUCCUUACAUGGUCUGCUUCCUCAGAGCUGCUCCUCCUCACCGUCAUGGCCUAUGACCGUUAUGCAGCCAUCUGCCAUCCUCUACAUUACAGCACCAUGAUGAGUAAGGCAAUCUGCAGCGUGUUGGCUGCUGGAGUGUGGGCGCUCUGUGCUUUCAACACAGCCAUUCACACAGGACUGAUGACGCGCUUGAAUUUCUGUGGCCCCAAUGUCAUUACACAUUUCUUCUGUGAGGUGCCUCCCCUGCUGCUUCUCUCCUGCAGCUCCACCUAUGUGAACAGUGUCAUGAUUGUCUUGGCUGAUGCCUUUUAUGGCAUACUCAACUUCCUGAUGACCAUUGUGUCAUAUGGCUUCAUCAUUUCCAGCAUCCUGAAGAUGCGAACUUCAGAAGGGAAGCAGAAAGCCUUCUCUACCUGCUCUUCCCACCUCACUGUGGUGUGCAUGUAUUACACUGCUGUCUUCUAUGCCUACAUAAGCCCUGUCUCCAGCUAUAAUGCAGAGAAGAGCAAACUGGCUGGUGUGCUGUACACCAUGUUGAGCCCUACGCUCAACCCUCUGAUCUAUACUUUGAGAAACAAGGAAGUCAAAGCAGCUCUCAGGAAAUUUUUCCCUUUCCUCAGAAAUUAA